GAGAAAAUAGUACCGAGAGCAUCGUUUCGUGGUCGAAGCAUUAUUCGUGGCGUGUUUCGUCGAAAUUUUGGUAAGUAUAGUCUACCAUGGCAGUAUAUAGUGUUUAACUACGGUUAGUAACAAACAUAUGGCACGAAAGAUGCAAAAUUCACUUUGGGCGCUGCCAGAAAGGUGAACCAUAUUUGUUUGGCUUUUGUUGUCAGCAGUCUGUGAUAGCAACCUUCUUACAAAAACGAUCCGUCUAAAAUGUGAAAAGAUGUGAUUUUCGGACAUCCAAGACGUUCAAAUGGCUGUAGAAUUCUGCAAUAUAAUGUUCAAAGGUGAAUUAUGUCGGCCCUCCCUAGACCACGCGUGACUAGCACGGCUUUUGAAGCUGCCAAGCGAUUCGAGCUGGCGAACAUAAUUCUCCAAGAUCUUUGUUUCAUUUUCAUUCUUUUACCUCCGUUUUGACCAAACACAAGAUACAUAAAUUGUAAACCACAUUUUUUUUGUUUUAUAUAAACUCGAAGAAGUAGGCUAAACUAGUGGAGGUAAAGAGCAUUUCUUUCAAACCACAGGGUAUCUUCCUCCAGUCGAGUCAUGCCCGAUGGACGGAACCUGCCUUAUAAAACGCAAUAAACGGGAACAAUCAGUUCAAAGAAACGACCGAAUAACUGCUUAAACUGCACUUUUCAGUUUCAAUUUGUUAUUUACUACCCCUUAAAAUGUAAAUUUAAGGGAGCAGACGUAAAAUCAUAAGCUUAGGUUGGGUGAAUUUCGCCUACACCGAUUUAGUUUCUCGUCUUUCUCUUUCGUAAUGUGUGGUGAAGCCAGGACGUUCGUGUGUUUGUAUAGGUUUUAUUUCAUUACUGUGUUGUUCGUUUGUAGUUUCGUCAUAACUCAAAAGCUAUGAAACGUUGUUUGAAGCGUUUUGUAUGAAAUCUUCUUGAGAAAUAUUGGUGGCUGGGAAACUAAACUCUAAAAAUUGUGGCUUCGUAAUUCGCGUCAUAUUCGACCCGUUAAGGGAGCACGAAAUUAUUAAUGUUGGACAAACAUGGCGACCAUUUGAAGUCGGUCGGCGUAAAAACUGUCAAUGUUAUUUCUGCUAAGGUAUUUUUUUAGUGGCCUAAAACUCUUGCUAUGCCUCUAUUUAGGACGCUUGCUUUUGUUGCUUGAAAGCGAUUUGAACGACAUAUCAUUUCCACGAAAAAUUUUCUAGCUCACUGGUCUCAGUGAACUUCGUGGUAUUCUGUUUUAGGCGAAAAGUGAAAUCAUCAGAGUUUUAGCUUUUAGUUUGAUCUUCCAAUGAAUGUGUAGUUUCGUUGUUGCUUUCCCCUCAAUUGCUUCCAAGUAUUCUGUUUUGACGAGAAAUUGUACAAUUCUGAAAUCUCUUGUGAAUAGACUCACGCAAUAAACAGCAAUAUUACAAAAUUCUACGAAUAAUUUCUCUUUCUCUCUCUCUCCCUGGCAGAUCGAACCUUUCAACCUUUUAAAGCCAAAAUAUUUCUUUAAGCGAAUAGCUGUUACAUAAUAUUUCUUUCUACCUUGUUUUCCUAUUUUCUGUUCAAACCUUUUUGUAUGUAAGAACUUCAACUUUGACCAACGUAAUUUACAUCGCAUAUAUAAAUACAUUUCUUGAACUUUCUUGUCGAACAUUUUAUUCAAAAGUAAAAUAAUUUAUUUUGAUCGCUUCCGAAAAUAUAAGUGCGUAUGUAUUUUCAGGCUAAAGUAAUUUUUGUUCACUGUUGGAAAUUGUUCUUUCGUUACAAAGUCUUUUGCACUGUGGACGAGUAGUUAAGUAACAAUCGCGUUUAUGUCAAGCGUUGUAUAAUCUUGUCAGGAAAGCUUCACUUUCAUGAAAGUGGGAUAAAACCAUUUGCCGUGGAAAACUUAAAUAUGGUUGGAUUUAUCAAAAACUCUCAACUGGAGGAACAUUGCAAUGCGUAAAGUAUACAAAAAAAUGUUUAUCAUGAGGAGAUGAGACCCAAGUGCUCUCUGGUUAAUUGUUCGUACAACAGUUGUAUAAUCAGUCAGUGACUGUUUUAUAACAACAAAGAAUGCCAAAGCAUACUCUGAAGAUGUGCGUUGACAAGCUGCAUGCUUUCUUUCUUCCCUCAGUGAGGACAUAUGAUAAUGAAACUGCAGUUUUUAUGUUGCCAUCCUUUGUUAAGAGAGUUUUCAGAAAAUGAGUCUGCAUAGUUUAAGUUUUAUGUAAGUGCCCUGAAGUGACUGGAAUGCAUUUGCACUAGGAGCUUGUGAUGAUGUCGGUAAAGAGGGCUCCUCUAGAGCAUUUUGAACAAACAAAAUAAUGUUCUUAUCUACAUUGUAUAAAUCCAGAAUUAAGUCUCAUUGGUCUGGUUAUAUACUCUUUAUUGUAAAGCGUUUUUCUGCCAGUAUCAACAAUAAAAUAUCAGCAUGUCAUGUCUUUUAGAAACUCAAGCAGUCUUAACCUGGUUGCAAUUUUUUACUUUUAUUGGAUGUUGGGCUGUGCAUAAUUACUGAGUACAGACAAAACACCUUAUGGUGGCUACCAAACACUAUUUAAUCAAGAAACUACUGUAAGUCUCUUAGACAUUUAACUGGGAGGAUCACAUUUACUGUCUUUAGUAGUUACUUUUGUAGAUUUCUGAGGGAAAUGCACUCACAAGGUAGCCAUCUUGCACUUAACAUACAAUUGAAGUAUGUAAAAACAAAAUGCACAGCAGUGCAUAAAAAGUAUUUACCAUUUUUUGCACAUCAAGUGGUUAAUGGAUUAAGGUGCAGAGCCCAAAAUAUCAGAUCUGAUACAUAUACAUUUCUAGCAUUUCCCUGGCAUGGGGGCAAGAACUUAAAACCAACAAACACUGACAAGUUAUGCCAGUUGCUUGCAAGAUUGAUAAACUCCUCUAGCUGUGGACAUAACUAAAUUUUUUAGCACUGGUCAGUUUUUCUUAUUCUUACAUUUACAUCUACUGUACAUAAAAGUACUGUAUGCCAGGGCCAUGGUGUUUGAUGUGGUAUUUUGGUCCUUGCACCAUGAUUUAUUUCCUGCUAACCUCUUUAACAAGAGUACAGAACGUACCAGAAUUAAAAUGUAAGAAAGGAUGCCAAGUGACAAAGAAAUACCAUCACAAGAGGGUCACUUUAAUCCCCAAAAAGUUCACUGUCUUAAAACUCUUAAGAAUGGAAUUUCGCAUGUUCAUUAUUCAGUGGGUGAAAGAGUCUCUUACUGCUUUCUUCCACUUACGAUUUUAGUUACAGCUGUAGUUUUUGAAUUUUUGUGGCUCUUUUCCCCUAUGAGUACUUGUCUUUUCUGUGCAAUUCCCUGUUGUCAAUAUCAUUAAUGUGCCCAAGGGCAAGUGUAAUGCAACCACUUCCAUUAUUUUUCCAAUGUUACAACCAUGUACAUCUGUAUUUAUUGUUGUGUGAUGCUAUUCUGAAAACUGAUAAGACUUUUUUGUUGUUGUUGACAAAGGUGUAAUGGAAAGAGGCUCUGACGAUACACAACAACCAUCUUUGUGUCGUAUGGGAUGUGGUUUUUACGGCAGUUCCUCGAGUGAUGGUAUGUGUUCUAAGUGUUUUAAAGAUGCUUUACGGCGAAAGCAGUCCUCACCAACCACCAGUCCCGCAUCAAUGGUGUCAAGUCCAUCAACAGGUUAGCAUUUUUUGGAUUGUCUUUAAAUAAAUUAGUCAUUUAUUCUUUCAUUCAUUAAUUUGGUAAUGAAUAACAGUAGAGGAAGCUAAUGCUUACAGUGUAGUAAUCGGCUUUCAUCCGCUUGCUUGAAAGUUAAAUCCACUUUUUUCACUGGUUGUGACCAUAAUGUAGAAAAGUACCAUGGGACUAAAUAUACUGUACAUGUAGGAUUACACUGUAUUUUGAAAAAUAGUUCUUCAAACACAGCCAAAAAAGUUCAGUAUUGUGGCUGUCUAACAACCAUCUUGUUCAAAACUAAAAAAUGUCGAAGGUGUUAGCACCCUCUUUUUAAUUUAUUUAGCACAGGUCUAAAAAAUGAAUUUCUUCAGUGCUUUAGAAUUUUCACACAGAAACUUGAAGUUUGAACCACAGUGUACAGUAUGAUAGACAGUGCAACAGGAAGUUACAGCUGUACCUCUCAAGGGCCUGACACAUUCUUAAAAUAGGUUAACAUGAAUUCUGUCAAAAUGAAUUUACAUUUAGGUAUUGAUGAUUUACAUAGGUUGUGACUACAUUAAAAAUGGAAGGUUCAAGUGAUUUGGCUUUUAUUGUCAAUGGCUUAUAUUUUUAUGAAAUUAUUCUAAGAGGAGGUGGUAUUUUUGCAAUUAUGUUUACCAAGCCUUAGGAUUUUACAGUAAUGAAAGUUCCUGGUAUGAUGCUCUUACCAUGGUCUUAAAAUAACAGAAUCAAAAAAUGGUUUCCCAGUGAUAAUUAUUUUUAGCCUUAGGGAUCAAUUUACAGUAAUUCACUAUUUUUUCACUCAAAUUCUUGACUAGUCGAGUAAUUCUUUAGUUAUGACUUGGCUGACACUGUAUAUACGAAACUAAAACGUUUAGCAUCUAUCAGUUUUCUAUUGUCCGCCAUAUUGAAUCGUUUCCAAAGUACAUUGUAUUUAUGAUUUGAAAAGUUGAAAACAUCUAGGAGUUGGGUUUCCUAGAAUUUUCUUGGAGCAAAAAAAUUUUUGCAGAUAGUCCACCCGAUCUCUGGACGCGGAACCAAAAAAUUGUUUUCCAUGGGAUUUGAAAUCCUAGGGCUUGGUUUUAUAGCAUAACUGCCCAUUGAUGUAGUCGUCAUAACAGCAAUACAGUGUUAAGCAAAUGCGGUGCAGCAGCAACUGGUAUAUCAGUACUGGACCCACUACUGCCUGUGAACUGUACACUGGAAAGAGCAAUGUUGUUUUUAAUUAAGGAACAUGCCCCUGGAAGUGGCAGUUUUGAACAGCGACAUUUUAUGUACUAGAUAAUUUUACAGGUUUUGCUUAAAAUGAAACAUUAUUUGUUAUACUUGUAGUUUAGAAUAAUGCUAUUAAUUUUAAUGAGAUACCUGGUUAGUAUAGUAUGAGGGGUUAUCUUUAACAUUGCCUAAAGUCAAAACAACUACACAUGGGCUGAAGUCUACUUGCUGCACUGCUGCCAGGAUAUGGAACUUUUUGCCAAAUCAUGUGCUGUUGGCAGAAACCUUUUUAUCACACUGUUGCUAGAACCCAAGUUUAACUACCUCGCUAGUACUUUCAAACACAUUAGUAACAAUUAUGUACAAGAUUCAUAUCUUAAGUAUGUCAAGGCUGUGCUCUAAGUAAAAUUGAAGGGAGCCCGGUGCUCUGAACCUGUGAAAUCCAGUGUUCCUAGUAGCCCACAGGCAAAAGUAAGGUGCCAGGGGCAAGUGAGAGCUGCAAGAGCACAGCUCUGUAUGUUUUACUGUACUUGUACAUUUUGUUUUUGUCAUUUUAUGGCUGUGAAAAUACAUGCAUUUUAGCUCAGCCUUUUGAGCUUGGCAAAUUCAUCAUUUUUGUUUUAGUUUUUUUACUUUAUUUAUUAUAACUGUAUUAUUUUACCUGUAUCAUUGUAGGGUUAUCUGAAGAACCAUGUAGUUCUCACCUGCCUGCAAGUGAGGAUAUAGCUGGAGCUGCCGAAGUCAGUCCUUCUUCAUCAACCAGCAGUGUGUCAGGGGAUAGUGACAGUUUAAGGCAACCUGAGGCUGAAGCUGAGGCUGGAACGUCAGCCGAAACAAAGGAUAAAGCUAAAUCCAAAAGAAAUAGAUGUUUUAUGUGUCGUAAAAAAGUAGGAUUAACUGGUAAGUACCACAUGUCUGUAAUGAAAACAUGCAAGGCAAAGGUAGCGUGCGAUGAGAAUAUAAACAGUAAUUUGAUUGUGAAGUUUGAGUGACCAGCAGCUGCACGAGGUGCUGUUGUUAUUACCUAUUCUAGUAUGUCUUACAUGUUACUAAGUAGUAAUAGUAAUAUAGUAAUAGUUUAUUGAUAUCCCUCUCGCAGCCUAAAGGCUGAAUUACAAGGAAGGUCAGUGACAAUAGCAGAAGACAAUACAAUACAAGAACAAUCAAAUAGAUAAUUAUGUAAAUAUGAUUAAAAGUGCAACAUAACAGAGAAAAAAUAACAGAGCACAGGAUUACAACUGGUCUUGAAACUUAAUGGUGCAGAAAUCUGCAAACCGCUUUGUCUUGGGGACAAGGCGCACCGGAACACGUUUGCCUGAACGGAGGCAGUAUGGCCUGUCAAUUGACACACAAGGAAUUAAUGGCUUGAGUACUGGAGAUGACAGGCAGUCGCACUUGAUAAAAUUUAUGUAAGCUUCCUCCCUUCUCUGGGAAAGGGCAGUGACGCCAGAUUGAAUUAGAGCGUCAUCAUAGUGACAAUUCGGCAAAACGAUGCUUAGGGCCCUUUUUUGUACAGAUUCUAUAGUGUCCUCUAAAUACUUUGGCAGGGCAGCCCAAACAGGGCAGGCAUAUUCAAGUACAGAUCUUACAAUGCUUACUAUUCCAGAUCUAGCAAUGCUUACUAUUCCAGAUGCCCCUGCAAAAACGAUUCCUACAGGAAUCAUACCCAAAAAAUUGUAAAAAUCAGCGUUACUUCCGCUUGCCAGCAAAUUUGGUACACAGAAAGUAGACAGUGUUAGCCAAUUACAAGGCUAGUUUCAGCCUCUGACUGUGAAUGGCUUUGGCACCAGAAUUUUUGAAAAUUUUGGAAAAAAUGUUCAGUGAUGCGGGAAGAAUUUAUGAUGGCUGUAGCGAGCUUCGCUUCUCUCAGUUGCACAUGUUUACCCUAGGUGAAGACGACCACAUGUUUUCAAAUGCGAGGAAAUGCUUUUUGGAGGGGCUUCUAAGUCUGAAACCUCUCUUAUUUUCAUGAAAUCAAUUUGCAAAAUGAUAGUUCCACGUCAAGAGCUCAAUAUUAUGCUGGAAACAAGCUUUUUCAGCAUCUGAAGUAGCCUGCGAGCAAGCUUUCUGGGGCGUUCUGGCAGUGAGGCGGGAAAAGGAAGGAUAGCUUGCAACUACAUCUCUGGAAUUUGAAUAUCUGCAUUGAAAAAGUGAAAUGCAGAUUGGCGGAGAGGCAUUAGUAAUGACGUCAUUGUCCUUGGCUCAUGUUUUCGGUGUUUGUUUACAUUCACACUUGUUUCCGCUUCACGCUGAUUGGCAGAAAUCUGACGGCUCAGUCAAUGGGGAGCAAGAUCUUCUUCCUUUUCCCAGCCCUCCACCAGAGUGCCAUGGAGAGUUUGCUUGCAGGCUACUUCUGAAGCAAAUGAAUGUUUGUCUGAGGAACUGACGCUAAAGGGUCAAAUUCCAGUAUGCAAAUUUAUUAGUAUUUACCUUAUUAGCAUAAUCUGAUGGCUGUGGAAAAUAAAUUUGUAAAAAAAUUUUAUCUUUUAUUAUUUUAGGCAGAUUGGUGUCUGUUUAGCUUACAUAUCAAGGAAAAUGUUUUCCCUUUUACUUUUUCCUCAAACCAGACAAAAUUGUUCCAAAAAUUACAUCUUUACUUAAAAUGCUUGCAUAAAUUAUGCAAAAAGCAUCUUGUGAAUGUUUUUAGUGAAAUAUUAUGGGUUACUAGAGAGAGAAAUGUUUUUUUUUUCUUGAAAGGAUAUUUUUUGGCCUUUCUGAAGAGGUAUAUAGCUUUCUUCUUGAGAGCUGAGAAAUUAAUUUUCAAAAUAACUAUGGUAAUUUUUCUCAUUUUUGAGCUGUCCAGAAAAGAGUUAAUGGAUCUUUGCAAGUUGAAUUUGAAAGUUAGCCUUAAUUUUGAUCAUUAUUGUCCUGUUGAAUCACUUUCAUAUUUCUACAUUUUAUUUGGUCAAUUCAGUUGCGAGUGUAAUUAAAAGUGUAAGCACUGUGUACCUUACCAGUCUUAAGACAGAUAGAUAAACAGACAGGCAGACAGAUACAAUGUAGAUAGAUAACUUUAUUAAUGUGUCGGAGCUGUACAGCUUACGAAAAACCCCAUGCUAAUCCUUAACCCUUUCACCACUUGCUAUUCUGAAGAAAAAGUGUCCAGGGCGCUGGCAAUUUUGAAAAUGGCAAUUUUCCAGAAAUUUGGUAAUAAAGGGAGCUGCUUUGUUUCACUAGAAAACCAGCAGGUAGUGUUACAGACACUUUGUGCUGGAAAACCGCUGCAUAGUGGUGAAAGGGUUAAAACUUGCUGCUUCUCGAUUGCUACGUGUGUAUGGACUUUUAUUUAUUCAUUAACGGGAUAAUGGUAAAAAUCUGGAGAAAUAUGUAAUUGUACUCAAGCAACUCUGCUACUUGAAGCUGUACAAUUCUAUUUCAAAGUUGGCUUGUACAUGUAACCCUCUAAAAAUUGCUGUGCUUGAAUUUUUUUUAUUAGAUGAUACCUCUUUAUUUGUUUGCAGGAUUUGAAUGCAGAUGUGGAAAUGUGUACUGUGGGCUUCAUAGAUAUUCAGAUAAACACGACUGCAGCUUUGAUUACAAGGCUGAUGGCAGGGCCAAGAUAUCAAAGGACAAUCCAGUUGUUGUUGGUUCAAAGAUUCAGAAAAUUUAAGAUAAAAGAAGUUAGUCAGGAGUGCUUGGGUAAAACAAUGCUGUCUGGUGUUGAAAUGUUUACUGUUCUUGUGUUGUAAUCUCUGUAAAUUGCACAGGGCUUGUGUGUUGUAAUCUAGUUGUAGACUUUGUGUAUUUUGUGUGGACCCUGUUAACAGUAUUAAAAGUAAUAGUAUGUCUGUGUGCAAUUUGCGACUUUUCCCAAGCAUUUCUUUUCAAAUUUGUCGCUUCCAGACUAAUUUUUGAUGAUCUACCAUGUAAUACAGGCUCAAUUCAAUGCAGGUAAUAAAUUAUCUUGAGUUAAAUUAAAAGUUUUAUGUAGGACAGUUUAAAAUUAAUAUACACAAAUAAGUGAUUUCGUGCCUCUGUAGUGGCCACUGAGACCUGUUUUUGUUCUUGGCUUUGUUAACCUUUGCCAGUUACCAAGGAAAAGAGUGAGCACAUUGCUCAUGAUAAAUAAUUGUACGAAUCCAUUAUCUAAAGCAGACAUAAUUAUGGGAGUGGUAAAUUGGUACAAGUUGCAAACGAAAGAAAAGUCAAGCACAAAGUUUAAAAAGACUGCCACCAAAUUAUGUUUAUACUUUAACUUGAAAAACUCUAUCAUAUCUCAAAUCUCUUUCCCGUAUGUUUUGCCCUGUGGCAUUUGUGACAUUUGCUGUCAAUGAAAUGUAUUUCUAUAAUGCCGCAUUUUGAAGGAACUCAACAUGGCAAACUCAGAGGUUGUGAUCUGUAAAUGCAAACAAUAAUAAUAAUUAUUAUUGUCUGUAGAUGAAAACUUAAAUAAUCUUUUUGCCAUUUUGUAGUGUUCGGCAGUGUGCUGUGGUCAAGGUAUUCAUAACUGGUGAAUACCUGCUGAAUACACUGUAGUACAUGUAGUACUGUGAUGUUGCGACUUCCCAGAGUCACUUAGACAUCAAUCCUAUCUUGUCAUUUUGCAGCUGUGACGUAAUAACAAUAUGUACAUUGUGUACAUUUGUACCUCUUUCUCCCUUCUCACUAAUAACUUCUACUAUUAUUGCUUGUAGAAUGCUUUUAUUAUUAGUAAUGAUCAUUACAAAAUUAGCUAAAAUGUCUCAUGCUUGAACCAAUGUUACAGAGCAAGGUAUUGUUGCACAGCAAAACAGGUGUACAUAGCUUGAUCAGACUAAAAUAUUAUUAAUGCUUGUCUUUAUUCAUGCAACUUUCUUUUAAAUGCACAGAAGAUUGCUGGUCGUGUAGCAGGCUUUAAAAUACUUGUAUUUCAUCAGUUUGUCAAUGUUUAUGGAUAAGCCACUUUGAAGAAUUUGACAAUGAUAAUUAUACACUUUAUGUCAGAUCCCAAGGGAAACAGUUAGUUUUGUUUCCCCAAGAUUUUUGUCUCGGGAAACAUCAGGACUUGAGGGAAAACAAAACUAACUGGUUUCCCGAGGGACCUGACAUUAAGUUUCUAGACUUUCACUUCAACAGCAACAAAAGAAUAACCGGCCUGCGAACCAAAAUAGUUGACUCGGUACUUAUAACAACACAAAUUUAAUUCUCAAAACCACUUAAUGAAUGAUUUACAAAGUACUUUCCUCAUAUUAUCUGCAUCUGUUUCCUCCACUAGCUGCUGUUUCUUUUCUGGAAUAACUAAAUUAUUCCUUUUUAGCUUGAGGUUUCAUGUUUGGGUUAUUGUGUUCAUUCAUGAAAAAGAAAACUGGCAGUGUAUUUCCCGUCUUCUGUCAUGCCACUUUCCACCAUGCUUUGAUCACAUGCUGCAAUGUAUCCCGAGGGGGGUACAUUGCUUAAUGCAUCACAAUCAGGAUACAUUUGAUUUUAGUCAAGGCCACGUGACUAAGAAUCAACCAAUGGCAGUCACUGUUUAGUUGAGUGAAAGUCUAGGAAUAUAACGAUACUUGUUGAUGUGUAGGAUUAUCAAGCUAUCAUACCCUUUGAUUCUGUGAAAUCAGAGUACAUGUAGUCAACUUGCCAUAUCUUUUUCUGUAAUAAUUGUUACAGAAAUGAUAAUUAUUGUUAAGGAAUCCUUCAGUUGAAUUUUUCCCAAAUCAAAUUUUUCAAAGUGGCCUUUCGGUAAAAUUCUUAUGUGUAAGGCAGGUCACACAAUUUUAAGAACCGUUCUGUUCUGCACUUUCACCCUAAUUCACUAGUUUUAGUCUAUGAUAACUUGUCAAAUAUUUCAGUAAUUAUUCAUUCUCCUUACUCUUUCCUGUGUGUAAUAAGUAAACCAAUAUAGUUUUUUAAAUUUGUGAAAAUUAUAUCAUUUAAGCGAGUUUGUGUUUCACUGUGUCCUUAUUACAUGUAUUUAAUUAUUUUGGAGGAAUAUGUUUUAUAUUCUGUCAUUGAUUGAGGUUGCAAAUUAAUUUCUCUGUGAGUUUUCACUAGUUUUUUGGUAAAUACAUGCAGAAUUGUGAGGGUAAGGAGAACUGUACUGUACAUUUGGGCCAAGUUGUUUGAAAGGAUAAUUGACACUAACCCAGGGGCAGUUGUCUUGACAACUCAUAUACCUUGGUUACAGUUAACCCAGAAGUAAAGCUAAUGGGUCUUGGAACAACUUGGCCUUAAUUUAGUUCUUGCAUGAGAAUGCUUUUGAGGUGGGUGGGGUGGGUAAAUAAAGUUAUUAUCACAGAAAUUCAUAUUUUGUACAGUACCUAUUAAAAUAACAUUAACACUGAUAACAAUGAGAGAGUCCAAUUGUAUGUAAAGUAAUGUAUGACCGAUUGAUAACAUGGAAAAGUUCACAGUUUUUUCUCUUCAUUAUGCAGUAUAUAAUAAAACGAGGUUUUGUAAAUUUUUGUUAUGCAUUAAUUUCUGUAUGUUUAGUUACUAGGAAAGAUUAGAGCUUCUUUGCUGAGCGUGUUAUGGGCUGUUGCAACAUGCAAGCUAUUCUCUGUUGUCAAGGGAUGCCAUAAAUAAAUUUUCUCAUUGCUAUAUCAGUAAAAGUGGUUGUGGUUAUUUUACUGAAAACAGCUGUACACUAUUUUUAACAAGACUAGUUGGUCUAACAGGGGCGGAUCCAGGAUUUUUUUUAGGAGGGGGUGCACUCGUCUCUUGCUCUACUUCAACACCAAUAAACCACAUAG